UUUGAAAGCCAGAUUCUUUUUUAUCGUGAUCUGGAGCGGGAAAUAAACUCUGAACCAGAGUGCAUCACUGUGGGAGCCUUAGCUUUAUUUACAGAUCCCAUAAAGCUGUCUCUGACUGUGGAAACUAAGAAUUGGGUGGCGGACUACGGACUCUACUGUAACAGGGAAUAUCACUCAAAAAUGGAGCAGAUCUUUGGUUUUAUUGAUGAAGCAGGAAAAAAACUGAAUCGACCGAUCAACGACCUGGAUGACAUUCGCAUUGUCAUGGCUGCUCUCAAGGAGAUUAGAGAGCGACAGAUCGACAUUGACUGCUUAGUUGGGCCAGUUGAGGAGUCCUAUGCCAUGCUUCAUAAACAUGAACUGUCAGUGGCCAAAGGAGAAGUUGAUAAGGUGGACACUCUGCGAUACACCUGGGAAAAGCUGCUGUCCAGGUCAGUGGAGGCUCAGAACGAGUUAUUUGACCUGCAGCCACGCUUCAGACGAGAGCUUGUUAGCAACGUGAAGACUUUUCAAGAGGACUGCCACCACUUUUACCAAGAAUAUGAGAAGGAUGGGCCUAUGGUGGUGGGGUUAGCUCCUCAGGAUGCCAGUGAMAGAUUGAUCAUGUUUCAGAAUCGAUUUGACAAUCUGUUCAGGAAGUAUAUCACUUACACUGGAGGAGAGGAGUUGUUUGGACUUCCUGUUACCCAGCAUCCUCAGCUGUUGGACAUAAAAAAACAACUAGCUUUGCUGCAAAAACUGUAUGGCCUUUACAACAACGUCAUCGAAACAGUCAAUGGUUACCAUGACAUCCUCUGGUCCGACAUCAACAUUGAGCGGGUCAAUAAUGAGCUGCUUGACUUUCAGACCAGAUGCCGCAAGCUGCCUCAUGCUCUCAAAGAGUGGCAGGCUUUCCAUGACCUGAAGAAAUCCAUUGAUGAAUUCAGUGAGUGCUGCCCCCUGUUGGAGCUUAUGACCAACAAAGCUAUGAUGACGCGCCAUUGGAAGAGAAUUACUGAGGUGACUAGCCAUACCUUUGAAGUGGAAAGCGAUACAUUCAAGCUGCGGAACAUUAUGGAAGCUCCUCUGCUCAAAUUUAAAGAAGAUAUUGAGGACAUCUGCAUCAGUUCUGGAAAAGAACGAAACAUUGAGCAGAAACUGAAACAAGUGAUCGCUGAGUGGGACAACAAGACUUUUACGUUUGCAAACUUCAAGAACCGUGAGGAGCUGCUGCUGAGAGGAGACAGCACAUCAGAGAUCAUUGCCAGCUUGGAGGACAGUCUGAUGAUUUUGGGGUCUCUCAUGAACAACAGGUACAACACCCCGUUUAAAGCUCAGAUACAGAAGUGGGUUCAGAACCUUUCCAACACCACUGUUAUUAUUGAACACUGGAUGACCGUUCAGAACCUAUGGAUCUAUCUGGAAGCUGUAUUUGUGGGUGGAGACAUUGCCAAACAGCUGCCCAAGGAAGCAAAGCGCUUCUCCAACAUUGAUAAGUCAUGGGUGAAGAUCAUGAGGCGAGCCCAUGACAUGCCUAACAUCAUUCAGUCUUGUGUGGGAGAUGAGACUAUGGGGCAGCUGCUUCCUCACCUGCUUGAACAGCUGGAGAUUUGUCAGAAGUCACUUACAGGUUACUUAGAGAAGAAGCGACUCUUGUUUCCUCGUUUUUUCUUCGUAUCUGACMCUGCCCUGCUGGAAAUCCUGGGCCAGGCCUCAGACUCCCACACCAUCCAGGCCCACCUGCUUAAUGUUUUUGACAACAUCAAAUCUGUUCGAUUCAACGAUAAGGUGAUAUCUGAUUAUACUUUUAUUAUUGUUUAUUGUUGUUUGUUUGUGACAGAUUAGGGCUACA